UCGAAUUAUGUGGUCUUCAUCAAGCAUAGUGAUAUUUUUAAACAUACUCUUUAUUCUAAUGUUAUCUUUUUGUGACUGUUUUCUACCGUAUCACAGGGCUGUAAAUAACAAUGACCAGCCGACAUCUCGGUGUGUUUCUGUUGGUGUGUCUGUCAGUAGCCUCCAGUGUUUUUCUCUCUGUUUACAAUCCUGUAUGUUUCUCUAUAUGAUAAGUCGGGAUCGAGAUUCGGGAAGCUGUUAUUGUUGUCCACCGCAUAAAACAGGAACUUUUACCUUAAAUGGAACUCAGUGGAUGACUUAUUUAUUAAACACCUGUCCUAGCGGCUACUUGCUGUACACUUGCACUGACGUCACAUCCUGUCUUAGGUUUGAGGAGACAUCUGUCAUUUACGCAGAUGCAAACAACGCUUGUCUUUUGGAAAGUGCAGAAUUAAUAAGGAUGGAUUCUGUGGAGAAAUACAACGUCUUGAAGAAGUUGAUAGAGCUGACAGCUGACAUAUCGACAGCUGAGGCCUGGAUUCAAGGGAAGAAGUCAAACGGAAUUUGGAAGUUUCAUGAUGGUACACAGUUCCAGAAUUUCUUCUGUCCUACAAUAAUAACGAACGGCCCAAGAGAAAACCGUAUUAGGUUAAAGGCGUCCGAUAAUUUUAACUGCCAUGACACUCACCACGACUAUAAGUACGGAUUUGUUUGUGAGUUUUUUGUCAAUAAUUGA